UCACAGCGCAGAAGUCUCUGUACACGGAAAACAACGCUGUCUCCAGUGAACCUCCAUUAAGCAGCAUGGAUUCUGUGGAGGAAAAGGUGGAGAUGCUGCUGAACGGAGAAGGGCUGGAGGUUCUAGACUUGGACUCCAUGUCUGAUCAUGUGCAGGCUGUAACAGUGAAAAAAAGUGUGUGUUACAUCGUCAGUGCUGUCAUCUUCAACGCUGAGGGCAAGGUGCUGAUGGUGCAAGAAGCAAAGAGGGAGUGUUACGGUCGCUGGUACCUCCCUGCAGGUCGCAUGGAGGCGAGCGAGAGCAUCCACGAAGCUCUGCGCAGGGAGGUGAAAGAGGAAUCAGGGUUUGAGUGUGAACCAAUCACCAUGCUGCUGGUGGAAGAACGGGGGCCGAAGUGGAUCCGCUUCUCCUUCCUUGCCGAGAUCACAGGGGGCAGUCUGAAGACGCCGUCCGAGGCUGACUCGGAGUCGCUGCAGGCUCAGUGGUGGGAUCGAGAGACUCCUCUUCCUCUGCGCGGCCAGGACAUUAUAUGUCUCAUCAACGCUGGACUGAGAUAUCGUCAGAAGCCUUGGUUCCCCGUUUCUCACCCUGUGAGCUUGCCUUGCCCUGUGGUGUGUCAGAGACUGCUGCUCAUCUUCAGCUCCAAGGAGAGAAUAUGGCUGCUUCUCACCAAGCACACGUCCAAUCCUGAGACACACACUCGCCUUCCUGUGGCCAUCUCAGAGAAAGGAUAUUCGCUCAAAUGGGCGGGGUGCAAAGCCAUCCAAGAGUACACGCAGGCAACGAAUCACACGCUGCACGUUAACCCGCGUGGGAUUCUGGGAGUGCAGCACGACAGCAGCGUCCUGGGCCAAUCAGAUGGGAUCUGUUUCAAUACACUCCUGACCCUGGAGCCUUCAGAGGAGGGGGCGGAGUUCAGCAGUCCGCCGCUUUUGGACAGCGAGAAGUACACGUGGUACGAAGUGACCAAUCAGAGUCUAAAAGGGAAGAUGCUGAGGAGGAUAAAGGACAGAUCAUUCCUGCCCAUGGACACUGUCUAACGAUAAGCUUUUACUCAUGAAAUUGACUACAGGGCAAUUCCAUGUAAAUGUCAACCUCACCAUGCAAAAAUAAAGCAACAUGUAAUACAUCAAAACCACUCCCGGUGAUAUCACCUAGGCCUGUAUUUUACAGAUGUGAAUAAGUUGAACCAAUUUGUAACCAGCCUAAUAUGUCACUGUCAGUCUUUCUUUCUUAUAAUGUAAAACCCAAGCUAAAAUCAACUUUGAUCAUGUACAAUUCUAUAUUAUUGCCACAGAAAUGUAUGCUAAAAUCCACAAAACAGCAAAACAAUAGCCAUCCUAAAUAUUAUUUAAGAACUUUGAUAGUUUUAGCUGAUAUUUAGAGAGUUUUUCAAAGGGUCAUGGUGGUUAAAUUGCUGAUUUUCUAAACAUAUGCCAUGUCUAUUUCAGACGUGUCACAUCCAUAACGGAAUUUCGUCACAUCCAUAACGCUGACUUUUCCUUCCGAAACUCUGCAUGAAAUGCAAAAUAUUUUAAACAAAGAUUUUUUAAUAUUCACCUUGGACCCCUCUAUCAAAUGGAUAUCUCCAUUUCGACAUUAGGUUUACAAUUUCACAGAGUUUGAUAAAAAUGUACAGUCACCCAAGAAAAGUGAUACUUUUUCUGUCACAUCCAUAACGCAUCUUUUAUUGGCAUUUUCUGGCAUGCCCUAGAUGUACUAUGGGAAUUGUUCUUGUUCUAUCACUUCUCCAGUAUGGUACAGCCUUAAAAUAUGCAACACCUGUUUAAAUACUGGGAGACAAUAAAACAUGCACUGGGUCAUUUGUUGCCAUUUUGAGUUCAAGUGUCACGUCCAUAACGCUGGAAUUGCUCUACACCAGGUUUAAGCUGUUCUGUUUUAUGAAUAAAUAAAUAAAAAUGUACUGAUA